AGAGCAACAGCUUUCCAACGUGUGACUCCCAUUAUAAAUAAAUAAUUUAAUUAAUGUUUCUCGUCGCUCACUCGGUGCUCCCUCUUUCUUUUCCAAACAUCUCUUACUAGCCGCGCCUGCGUUAUCUUCAACAACUCUCUCGUACAUUCAUCGAGACAUCUCAACUCACGCCAUGUCACGCCGUCCUAAUUUCCAAGGCGGCCGACGCGGAGCCGGAGGCGUUCCCGGUCGUGGUGGUGAUAGAGGACGGGGACGAGGAGGACGUGAUGAGCAGCGGUGGUGGGAUCCUGUUUGGAGAGCGGAACGUUUGAGACAAAAACAGAGUGAGAUGGAGGUUCUUGAUGAAGAUGAAUGGUGGAGUAAAAUGGAGCAAAUGAAGGCAGCGCAGAAAAAAACCCCUGUACAGAUUGUCAGAUUAGACAAUGCCUUCAAAAUGGCUGGACUAUGGGUCAAUAACAUGAGCAAGGCUGUAGAAGAUGAACCAGCAGAAGUAGAAUCAGAGGGCCGGCCUUCUAGGCUUGGACUUGGUGCAAAAGAAGUUCCACGCCAUUCUAAAGCUAGACUAUCAAAUGACCCUGUCGAAAGAAGGUUAUAUGCCAAGUUGGAAGCUGGAAAGAGGAGAGCUGCUAAAAUUAUUGAGGAUUCCAUUGUACCAGCUAGAGAUUGUAACGAGGAUGAUGACAGUGACGGAGAAUCAGAGAGCAGAACCAGUACAUUUGCAAAGAAGAGACCAGGUCCUCAAGUACAAUCUCUACAAGUUAAGAAGAAACAGAAGUAACUUGUUACUUUAUCAAAGAUCAAAUGUAACGGUUAUGUUUUGUAUCUGUUAACUCGUUUUGUAACUUGAUUCGUUGAUAAAAGCAAGCCUAAAUCCAGUUCUUAUU